AUGACAGAGUUCUGGUUGAUUUCUGCUCCGGGAGAGAAGACCUGCCAGCAAACAUGGGAUAAAAUGAUGGCAGCCACUAUGCGCGCCAACAACCUCUCCACCAACCACAAGUUCAGCAUCCCAGACCUCAAGGUUGGAACUCUUGAUGUCUUGGUGGGACUGUCUGAUGAAUUGGCCAAAUUAGAUUCGUUUGUUGAAAGUGUGGUGAAGAAGGUAGCUCAGUACAUGGCCGAUGUGCUGGAGGACAGCCGAGACAAAGUGCAGGAGAACCUGCUGGCCAAUGGAGUUGAUCUUGUCACCUACAUCACGAGGUUCCAGUGGGACAUGGCAAAGUAUCCCAUCAAACAGUCACUUAAAAACAUCUCUGAAAUAAUUUCAAAGCAAGUAACCCAGAUUGACAAUGACUUAAAAGCAAGAGCCUCGGCUUAUAAUAACCUGAAGGGAAACCUACAGAAUUUGGAAAGAAAAAAUGCGGGGAGCCUGCUGACCAGGAGUCUGGCUGACAUUGUAAAAAAGGAAGACUUUGUGGUAGAUUCAGAGUACCUUAUUACUCUGCUCGUAGUUGUACCAAAGACGGCGUAUACAGACUGGCAGAAAGCAUAUGAAACACUCGCCGAAAUGGUGGUGCCUCGGUCGUCAAAUCGGCUGUUUGAAGACAACGACAGCGGACUAUUCAGCGUCACUCUUUUCAGGAAAGCCAUAGAUGACUUCAAACACAAAGCCAGAGAGAACAAGUUCACAGUGAGGGACUUUCAGUACAAUGAAGAAGAGAUGAAGGCUGACAAGGAGGAGAUGACACGGCUCUCCACAGACAAGAAGAAACAGUUUGGCCCUCUUGUCCGAUGGCUGAAAGUGAACUUCAGCGAGGCCUUCAUUGCAUGGAUUCACAUUAAAGCCCUAAGGGUCUUUGUGGAAUCUGUCUUGAGAUACGGCCUGCCGGUAAACUUUCAGGCAAUGCUCCUGCAGCCAAACAAGAAGACCAUGAAGAAGUUGAGGGAGGUUCUCAACGAUCUGUACAAACAUCUGGACAGCAGUGCAGCGGCUAUCAUGGACUCUGGAAUGGACAUCCCGGGCCUAAACCUGAGCCAGCAGGAGUAUUAUCCCUAUGUCUACUACAAGAUCGACUGCAACCUGUUGGAUUUCAAAGUUUAA